AUGCAAAAUACGAACUCAGAAAACAAAUCUACAGUAAGUACCAAAUGGUCGUUAAUGUUGAAAAAUCUGUCAUGGACAGAUAGAAUAUUACCUUUUACCAUUAUAUUAUCUAUCAUUAUUGGUGUUGUUGUUUCUGAAUAUUCGAAGGAAGCCAGAAAAUAUUUCGAUGCUUCUAUGAGUGUUACAUUUGUAGGUGUAUCCGUUCCAUUAGUGAUUGGUAUGAUAGUUAUGAUGCUUCCUCCAUUAUGUCGCGUGGAAUGGGAAAUGUUAUGGUCCUAUGUUAGAAAGCCAGAGAUUAAAAGACCAAUAAUCUAUUCAUUAAUUUUAAAUUGGUUACUGUGCCCAUUUUUAAUGUUUGGUUUAGCUUGGCUUGUACUGUUUAAAGAACCAGAAUAUCGUGAAGGUGUAAUAAUGAUAGGUAUGGCAAGAUGUAUUGCCAUGGUUAUUACAUGGAAUCAAAUUGCAGGUGGAGAUAAUACAUUAUGUGUCGUAUUAGUAAUUAUUAAUUCGUUAUUACAAAUGAUUUUGUAUGCUCCAUAUCAAAUUUUCUUUUGUUAUGUAAUAACAGGAGACUCUUAUUCAAAUGUGACAGCUCUCUAUUCCGAUGUAGCAAAGUCAGUAGGAGUGUUCUUAGGUAUCCCAUUAGGCGCAGGCUUUUUAAUUAGAUUUAUUUCACUUGCUAUUUUUGGUAAAGAAGUGUUUGUCAAUAAAAUUUUGCCAUUUAUAAAUCCAUGGGGGUUUAUCGGUUUCCAUUUUACAAUCAUUGUAAUAUUUUUAGGUAAUGGUCAUAAUUUUUUGGAACACAUAGGAACCGCCUUUUUGUGUUUUGUCCCACUUGCACUUUAUUUUUUGAUUGCUUGGUUUGGAACUUUUUUCUUGAUGAGAUUUCUUACCAGAUCAAGGAAAUCAUUCACUAGCUUUGGUUUAGAAAAUGGCGAGACGUGUGAUUGCGAAACAGAAAAAUUAUUACAGAAUGACAUUUAUGGUAAAAAUACUUGCGAUGCAAAUUAUGCAAUAACCAUGACUCAAUGUUUUACCACAGCUUCGAACAAUUUUGAAUUAUCCUUAGCUGUUGCAGUUUCCCUGUAUGGUAAUGGUAGCAAACAAGCCAUUGCUGCAACAUUUGGUCCUUUAUUAGAGGUUCCAAUACUUUUAUGCUUAGCAAUCCUUUCGAGAUAUUUCGAACAUAAAUUCAUUUGGUCACCUAAUGCUGAAAAAGUUUCAGAGUGA